AUGUCCGACAUCAACCCUUUCCCACCAUUCCCACCAGCAGUCACACUCGAAGCCGUACAAGCAGCAACGACAUCCUACCCAGCCGCCCAGUUCAUACCGCACAUCCUCAAACUAAGCAGCUACCUCAUCAAAAUCACCAACACGAGCACUCUCUUCGGAAAACCCUCUAACGAGCCCUACACCCCAAGUCUCAGUACUCUCUACCUCCGCCUGCAAAACGGCCAACUCCCUCCCAGUCGCCUCCCAGCAAACUUCCAGACUCCGCAACAAACUCAAUCUCAAAUCCACCUUCGCUCAGAUAAACCAGCUUACGAACGCCCCUUGGCCGAGUUCGAAGACCUGUACUACGCCAUUCUCUCUUUAAUGCAAGAACUGCACCACCUCCUCACCAUACGCCUCCAAAGCGGCUUCAACACACCCUCUGACCUCGCUUGCCCGGGUGGUCCCACUUUAUCUUCCUUACAUGAGAGUCUAACAGCGUACUGGUCCUUCUUCAACGACGCGGCGUGUGCCAAGGCGCUCGACGAUGCAGUUCGGGAAGCUCGCAUUAGGGCUAUCCGGGAGGAGAUUGUGAGACAAGUUGAAGCGGACGAAUUAGAUAUAGAAGAUGCGAGAUGCCAGUUAGCAGGGUUGUACGGAGAAGAUGUGUAUGCUGGAGUUGAAGGAAUGUGGUUUGUGAGAGAUUGGGCACCGGCGGUGGUAGCGGUGUAUUUGGAGGAGAGAUAUCGUUCUUUGCUGGAUGCCGAGAAGGAAGAGAAUGAGCGUAUGAUGGCGAUGGUUAAGACCGGGAAGGAAGGGUCAGAAGGACCAGCUGCAAGGGAGUGUUUGGAGGCGAAGACUGAGAUGGACGUCGACACGAAUCAGUUCCCACAACAAAACCGCGUCGAGCGGGCAUCUCACGAUACAGACUUGCGCACUGAACAGCAGAUACCACAGGACCAACCCUCCGCUCACCACACCCCCGUCUACCAUCCCCAAAUCCACCACGCCGAUACAUACUACCAAGAGCACUCCGCAGCCAUCCACACGCAGCACGAUCCCACAUACCCCACCGACCUCGACAUCAUGCUCGAGUGGCAAGUCCGAAAUCAGCGCGUCGCAGAAUACACAAACUACCUGCGUUCCCGCGCGAGUCAGGAUGCGCAGCAGGCUAUUCAGGGGACGAGAAAUACUACGGCAAUCAGAGAUGAAUUUGAAAUUUUGUGA